UGUGGUAAACAGGCUGCAGCUAUAUCAUACUCAUAACCUUAAUGGUAACUGGUAAGUAACUCAUACUUAACUGGAGCGGUUUCCUCGACUUCGGAUUUCGGAACACCAUAUGUAUUGGACGGUAUAACAUAAAUGUACGACCGUCGGUAUCGCACUGCAUUUUUCGGUAUUAAUCGUAAGUUAUAAAGCUGUUUUAUUGUUUACACUUUAAAGGCCACUUCGUUUGUACCUUGUUUUGUGGUACGUCAUCUUGUUUGUGGAAGUCUAGUUACUCUUUUACUUUUGCUACGGAAUUAAGAAUUUGCUGUGAAACUUUGGUUAUCCUCGAUCGACUGCCUUUAGGACCCCAUACGUAAGAAGCAGGAAUAUUUGGCAAUAUGAAUGAUAAAAUUGUCGGGUUACAAUCGGAUGCGCGAGCGUUUUUAUCGCGAGCUGCUCUAGAAUCCAAGAAAUAUGCUCAUCCUUAUUACAUCUUUAAUGUUUCGCUUGCCGUUAGUUUUAUGUUUUUGCGUCUCGUGAAACCGUUUUGUACGCUCCUGUUUAAAGAUACAGCUGAAUCGGGACCAUGUGCACUGGAUUUGCGGGAACACGAAGUGCUGAUAUUUGUUGGCUGCAUAACUGUGAUAAAAAAUCGUGGGGCUCCCACAUGGCAGCACUAUCUAAAAAAAUUCGCUACAUACGCCAAAGUGGCAAAUGUUUAUUUAUUCUGGCGACAACAUCCGGCGCAGGGACUAAUUUAUUUAGCAAUAUGUGCAGUGCAGAUCGUUUUCUUUCCCGAGCCAAUAUAUAGUGGACCACAAAAGAUUGAAUAUUUCUCCGGACUAGAAAACAUGGAGAAGACCAUACGGGAAGAUACUCGCAGCACGUGGCUAGUGUGCUUUUAUACCACUUGGAGCAUGAAGUGCAUUGACAUGGCGCCGGUUUUUGCGGAAAUUUCCGGCAAAUACUGGCUGCCGAAUUUUCGAUUUGGCAAGAUUGAUGUGGGACGAUACUCGGAAGUGGCUCAAAAGUACCGAAUAGGUACUGGCGCUUGGACGCGGCAGCUACCCACAAUUAUGCUUUUUAAAGAUGGCCAACCGCAUACUCGCCGACCUUAUGUCGAUGCCAAAGGACAAGUGCCCAAAUAUGAGUUUGCAGUGCCUACCGUUAUCCAAGAUUUCGAUUUGAACAAUGAAUACGAAGCAUGCAAAAGUCGUCUUGGGAAGAAAGUUAUUCAAGAUUUGGAGGAGAAAAAGACAAGCUGAUUUUGAGGAGUUUCAUAGUGCUUCCGUUCUUUUCUGUUGCUGUCCUUGCAGUGCUUACAAGACGUUAUAAUUAGGAUUUUUUGUUGUAAAGAGUCUGAGUCCAGGUUUUACUGAUGUAAAUUUGUUGUUCGUCUUAACAAACGAAAAUUCUGACAGUAUACAAUUUCGUUACAAAAGUUUUCUCAACCGAAUGAAGAAAUGUUGCAGAGGGCAGUUUGUCCUCAUGCGCAGUUACUGUAU